AUGCAUCGAAAGAAAGAUCAUCGAAAAGUGCCAACUUCGCAACCACAUGAGAAAAAUGCUAACACCACAGAGAAUGCAGCAGCUAAACGCAGUGCUGGACUUAUGGAUGCGGAAAGUGAUGAAGAUUUGCGAGCGCAAGUUCGUAAUGAUGUUAAUGAAGAGAAUCUGUUAAAUAUGGAAAUUCCUCCAAUGCCCGAGCCUAUAAUGAGUGCUGAUGGAAGUGGGCAACGACUUAUGAUAACUAGCAUUGAUGUUGAAAAUUUCAAGUCUUAUUAUGGAAAACAUGUUCUGGGUCCUUUCCAUCAGAAUUUUUCGGCUAUAAUUGGUCCUAACGGUAGCGGAAAAAGCAAUGUGAUUGAUUCUUUGCUAUUUGUAUUUGGUUAUCGUGCAUCAAAAAUUCGUUCCAAGAAAAUAAGUGUUUUGAUUCAUUCCUCAGCUGGUCGGGAAAACAUAUCAAGUUGUACUGUCGGUGUUAAUUUCCAGAAAAUUACUGAUUUGCCUGAUGGAGACUAUGAUGUUGUGCCAUCCAGUCAGUUUACCGUUAGUCGAACUGCAUUUCGUGACAAUUCUUCAAAAUAUACUUAUAACGGUAAAACGAUGCAAUUCAAAGAUAUUGCUGUGUUGUUGCGAGGCGUUGGAAUUGAUCUCAUUCAUAAUCGCUUUCUGAUUCUGCAGGGUGAAGUCGAACAAAUUGCUUUGAUGAAGCCGAAAGCUUUAAAUGAAAAUGAUGAUGGCAUGUUGGAAUAUUUAGAAGAUAUUAUUGGUUCAAGCAGGCUCAAAGUCAUUGUUUUUCUGUCUUUAACAGCUGGUCUUAUUAGUGUGGUUCCGAUUGAAACAAUUCAGCGGAAAAUUGAUCAGUUGCAAGAAGAGCGUUCUGCGCAGUUGAAUCGCACGAAGUUUGCGGAAAAGGAAAAAAAUGAUGCUGAAGGGCCGAUGAAAAGUCUUAUUGCAGAUCUUCGUGUUGAUAACGGUAUCGCACUGACAAAAAAUCGUCUGCUGCAAGCUGAUCGAUAUAAGGCCAAAUCGGAAUUGAGGGCAGAUGAGGAGAAGAAAGAGGAGUUUGAGAAGGAUUUGGAAGACACAAAAAAACGACAGGGAGAAGUCUUGGCCUUGCAGAAGAACAGAAAAGAUGAACAGAAACAAUUGCAAAAAUCUUUUGAGAAAGCACAAGAGGAAUAUGAAAAGACGAAGCAUCAAUUUAAUGAACUAGAACAAGCUGAACAAAAAAGAAAAGCUGAGUUGCUCCGUCUCAAUGACAGAAAGAAGAAAUUGAUUGAUGACAUAGCGAAUGAAGAGAAAAAGAUAUCUGAAUUGAAACAGGUACCAAUAAAAGCAAAAAGCAGACUUGAGGAAUAUCGUGAAAUGUUAAAUGGAAUUGAUGAUAUCAUUGUUCAAAAGCAAGUCGAAGUCGAUGCCCAUUUGAAAGAACUGCAAGAACAGACUAUGAAGUUUCAAGGUCCUAAAAAAGCACUGGAAGAACAAGUCGGAGAACUUACUGCUAAAGAGGAUGAGGCAAGCAGCAAGUUAACGCUGGCACAGGAAGCGCUUCAAUUAAUGCGUAGAGAAGAGGAAGUGGCGAAGAAAAAACUUCUGGAAAUUCAGACAUCUCUCAAUGAUGUAAAAGUUCUCUUGGAGUCCAAAAUAAACGAUCUGAGUAAGGUGAAGCAAGCAAUUCCAAAUAUUGACAAAGAGCUUCAUAAUGCCAAAUCAGAAAUGACAAAAAAACGGAAGGAAGAAUCAGUUUACACUGAAAAUGUUCGGCAAUGUAUGGCAAGGUUCGAGAAAAAACGACAGACAGUGGAAGCAUUUCAAAGCCAAAACAAUCUGUUGAGGCGUCUGAUGGCCGAAAAAUCAUCUGGGAACAUACCGGGAAUAUAUGGACGUCUUGGUGAUCUCGGUGCAAUUGAUGAAAAGUAUGAUGUCGCUAUUUCGACAACAUGUCGAUCGUUGGAUUAUAUUGUGGUUGAUAAUGUUGAUACUGCUCAAAUGUGCGUAGAAUUUCUGAGGCGCGAGAAUUUGGGUAUUGCCUCCUUCUUGGUACUCGAUAAGCAGGAAAAACUUCGUCCAUAUAUGGCAAAGCUAAACUCUACACCUGAAAAUGCACCUCGAUUGUUUGAUUUAAUUCGUGUAGCAGAUCCAGCGGUAUUACCUGCAUUCUAUUUUGCGUUGCGUGAUACUUUGAUAGCAGAUGAUAUCACGACUGCAACACGUAUUGGCAUGGGUGGCACGAAACGUUAUCGAGUGGUUACGUUGAAAGGUGAAGUGGUUGAAACAAGUGGCUCCAUGACAGGUGGUGGAAGAUCUGAACGAAGAGGUAGGAUUGGCCAAAGUGUCAAAAUUGACACUUCGAAAGAAUCAUCCGAAGAAGUUACUGAGCUGCAGAAUCUAUUGACAGAAGAGCAGAAUCGCCUGAAUAAUUUGCGAAGUGUUAUUCAUCAGCUCGAUUCUCGCAUAAUGUCCCUUCAAACUGAUUACGAUAGACUGAAGAAAAAUGAACAAAACUUAUCAAAUGACAUUGAACCUCUUGAAAGGAAAGUAGCUGAUCUUGAGCAUAGAUUGGAGGAACAAACAGCCAGAGUCAAAAGCGUUCUUGUGGAUGAGAAAGACAUACAACGUAAAAAGGCUGAAGUUGCUGAACUUGCGAAAGCCCGUGAUAAAGCAGUAGAAGCAGCUGAUGAAGUACGAGAAAAAGUAGUUGAAAUAAACACUAAGAUCCAAGAGGUUUAUGAUCGAAUUGUUGGUCCAUAUCAAAAGGAGCUUGAUGAGGUUCGAGCAAGGAAAGAAAGCGCAUCGAAAGGAGCGACGAAAGAGCAGAGUGUGCUUAAUAAUGCUCAACGAAAUAUGAAUAAAGCAUUGAGCAGGAAAAAUGAUCUUGAAACUGAUCAGCGUGAAACUGAUGAAGCAAUCAAGAAACUUGAAUUAACUGAAGAUGCUCGGGAAGCGGAUAUUAAUCGUUUAACAAAGGAGAAAAUACAACAAGAGAAAUUGAUGAAAGAAGCUGAAGUUAAAGUGAAGGAAGCAUUCAACAAAAAUUCUGAACUGGAUGUUGAAGAAGUUGAGCUUAAAAAGAGAUGUGCUGAUUUGACACGUGCGCUUAUUGAACAGUUGAGAUUUUUAGAGCAUAAACAAGGAAAGCUAACCAUGAUUGAGAGCAAGAUCGAAACAUUACAUUUGUCCUAUGUGAAAUGUUUGGAUCGCUUACCGGAGUCACUGCAAUUAAGCGAAGAAGAAGAAGACGAUGAAUAUGCAUUACAGGAAGCUUUGAAAGUUGAGCAUGAAUUCUUCAAAAAAUUGAAGAGUGGUGAGAUUAUUAUCGAAGCUGAUAAAGACGGUAUAGUACGUUACAAAAAUGUACCAGAAUAUUCCGAAGAAGAAAUCAAAAAUUUCAAUCUGCAGGAUAUGAAAUUUACAUUAGCGAAUUUGGAGAAGCGAAAAGUUGGUAAAGUGCUGAAUACGAAUGGUUUGCUGGAGUAUGUUACAAAGCUGGAGCGUUAUGACCGUGAAGUUGAAGCUUUAUCCGAUAUAUCAACGAAACGUGACAAACAUCGUCAAUUUUGCGAGCAAUUAAAGAAACAGCGAAUGAAUGAAUUCAUGGACGGUUUUACACGGAUUGGUUUGGCAUUGAAAGAAAUGUAUCAGAUGAUAACAUUGGGUGGUGAUGCUAGUUUGGACUUGGUUGAUUCACUUGAUCCGUUUAGUGAAGGUGUUUCUUUUGGUGUAAGACCACCGAAGAAAUCGUGGAAGCAAAUUACCAAUUUGUCAGGUGGUGAAAAAACGCUGUCGUCAUUAGCCCUGGUUUUUGCAUUACAUUAUUAUCGACCAACACCACUGUAUGUUAUGGAUGAGAUUGAUGCCGCUCUGGAUUUUAGAAAUGUAUCAAUUAUUGGACAUUAUAUAAAGGAUCGCACAAAAAAUGCACAAUUUAUUAUCAUUUCUUUGCGGAAUAAUAUGUUUGAAUUAGCAGAUCGUCUUAUUGGUAUUUACAAGACAUUUGAUUGUACGAAGUCCGUCGCCAUUGACCCGGGAAGUAUCCGGAAUAUAAUUAAACCGCUUUAUAUUUUGGAAGAAAUGAAGAAACAUAGAGGGAAAAACAGUGAAAAACAUGUGGAUGAGAAAUAUGAAUUGCAGUUCCAAAGGCAAGAAAUGGAUAGCCAUAUUAAUGCUUUAGAAAUAAAUAUGAGAAAUACGCAGGAGUCAAAAACGCCAUCAAUGGUUGCUGAAGAUCUAUCGGUAAGUCGAACAUCAUCCGGUCGAAGAAACGACUACGGCAUAAUGUUGGAGAAAAGGAAACAUGGAAACAAUUCCGAAAAAAAUAUUCGGAUUUCAAAGGGCAACAAAUCACAUAUCUCACGAAAAACCACAUCAGCGGUUUCAGUGUCCCCACCAACGAAGAAAAAAUCUCCGCAAAAAUCUGAAAUUCCUACCUGGGAUGUACCACAGACUAUCACUGUGCGCCGUUCACGAGCUGAACCAGCUGGUGGCCAGUUCUUGGAUGAAAAAAGUGGUGAUAGUGUAACUAACAAAGCCACAAAAGAGGUAGGCGAUGAUAGCAGUGGAAUAAAAAAUGUUCUUUCGAAAGAUGUCUCUGGUGUCGUUUCACAAUCAGAAACAGGAGUUGCUCAACCAUCCAAUUUACAGCAAUCGGUUGCAAAUGCUGUAUCAGAUACAGAUCGAUUGGAACAGUUUGCACGAAUGUUAUGA